UUUGCAUAUCAAGUGUGCGCACGCGCAUAUAACCGCGGUGCAGUGCGGUUCGGACGCAAUCGCACGCACGCCGCGGCACAGACACACGUCAGAAUGCGAGUGCUACUAUUCACGUUGGCCGUCCUGGCUGUUUUCACAGCAGUUAAAUCGGACAGCAAAGCGCGUGUAGUAUGCUAUUUCAGCAAUUGGGCGGUGUACCGACCAGGUAUUGGACGUUAUGGAAUCGAAGAUAUCCCAGUCCACAUGUGCACCCACCUUAUAUACUCAUUUAUAGGAGUCACUAAGAAAUCUAACGAAGUACUCGUCAUUGACCCUGAGUUGGAUAUCGAUAAAAAUGGUUUCCGUAAUUUCACGUCAUUAAAGAAAUCUAAUCCAGACGUUAAGUUCAUGGUGGCCGUGGGUGGCUGGGCGGAAGGUGGUUCCAAGUACUCCCACAUGGUUGCUCAGAAAACCUCUAGAAUGACAUUUGUUAGGAGCGUCGUCGAUUUCUUGAAGAAAUAUGACUUUGAUGGCCUUGAUCUCGACUGGGAGUAUCCCGGGGCAGCCGACCGUGGUGGUUCAUUCUCAGACAAAGACCGCUUCUUGUUUUUGGUACAGGAAUUGAGGAGAGCCUUCAUCAGAGCUGGCAAGGGUUGGGAACUGACUGCUGCUGUUCCACUCGCAAACUUCAGACUCAUGGAAGGUUAUCAUGUACCGGACUUGUGCCAGGAAUUGGACGCUAUACAUGUAAUGUCCUACGAUUUGCGUGGGAAUUGGGCCGGCUUCGCAGAUGUGCACUCGCCUUUAUACAAGCGUCCACAUGACCAGUGGGCGUAUGAAAAACUUAAUGUUAACGAUGGUCUUAAUCUAUGGGAAGAGAAGGGCUGUCCAUCUAACAAAUUGGUAGUAGGAAUCCCCUUCUACGGUCGCUCUUUCACGUUGUCCGCUGGGAACAAUAACUACGGUCUGGGAACAUACAUCAACAAGGAAGCUGGAGGUGGCAACCCUGCACCAUAUACGAACGCCACUGGAUUCUGGUCGUAUUAUGAGAUUUGUAUGGAUGUGGACAAGCCAGGUUCAGGGUGGACCAAGAAAUGGGAUGACCAUGGAAAAUGUCCCUACGCCUAUAAAGGAACCCAAUGGGUUGGUUAUGAGGACCCUGAGAGUGUGGAGAUUAAGAUGAAGUGGAUUAAAGAAAAAGGCUACUUGGGAGCCAUGACUUGGGCCAUCGAUAUGGAUGACUUCAGAGGAAUCUGUGGCGAAAAGAAUCCGUUGAUGAACUUGCUGUACAAAUAUAUGAAAUCGUACAGUGUACCGCCUCCGCGUACUGGAAACACCACACCUACUCCUGAAUGGGCAAGACCGCCUUCCACCCCAUCCGAUGCUUCUGAAGGCGCUCCCAUCCCCACAACGACCCCAGCCGCCACGCAGGCCCCCACAAAGAAACCAUCUGUCACAAGUACUACAAAGAAGCCGUUGACUACAACCACACAGGCUUCAAACUCCGGCGAUGAGUCAGAGUUACCAGAUAGACCCAGUGACGUAGAGCAACCAGUGGAGAACGAGAUAGACAACCCUGAAAUAUGCAGCUCCCAGGAUGACUACGUCCCUGACAGGAAGCAUUGCGAUAAGUACUGGAGAUGCGUUAACGGCCAAGGAGUACAAUUCACGUGCCAGCCAGGUACCGUAUUCAAUUUCAAUCUGAAUGUCUGCGACUGGCCCGGGAACGCUGACCGCGACGAAUGCCUUUAGACCUUCGACGUUUGAACUCGGAUUAAAAUAACAUGACUGUAAUUAACAUUUUCCCGCCAUUUUUAACCGCUAAAGCGUACGACGGUAGCGAAAUAUUAUUAACUAUAAAUUCUUACAAAAAACCAUUUGUAGUAAUGUCGUUAAAAGAAUUUCAAAUAUUUCUACAAUUCUUUAUUUAACUUAUGUAUUUUAAGCGUUAAAAUUUCCUUUUCUAUCCUGAGACGGGAUCGUGGAAUACAAUCACAAAACUUAAUGACAAUAUUCUCGUAGACUUACGUAAUUUCGUGCAUUUUUAUAAUCUAAGAUUUAAAUUGGUUAACCAAAUUUUAUGUAAAUAGAGUGAAUCUAAAACAAUUUCUGUCAGACGUCACCGAUAAUGUUGGAUGGCUCAGAAUACACGAGUUAUAUUAGAACAGCUGGCGGAGUAACAUGUCUAUCACCGGCCUUAUCACAGCGUUCAUUAAUAAGAUCACAUGUGUACACGGGUUCAUCGCCUCGACAAGAUUGAUUGAAAUUGUUUUACAUAAGAAAUCUAACAUAAGAAUACUCAAUAAGAGCACUGCCUUUAUCAUAUUAAUUGGUUUUAAAUUGCUCAAUUUAUAUUAAGCUAAAUAUAGUAUUAAGAAUGGCCUGGAUGUUUCCAAGUAAAGUGAGUAAUGUAAUUUUUAACAGACAGUCAUUUAUUGGCUAGAGAAUUUAAGUUGAUUUUCCAACGUUAGCUGGAAAUAGACCGUAGCUUUCCAUUUUAUUUAUUUAUUUUGCUGAUUGAAGCUAAUAAAGUUAUGGUGAUGUUU